AUGUCUGUCAGCCUGGCGCUGUGGACAAGGCCCCAGGUGGCAACUUCCGCCCUGGCAAAGCUGAGAGGCGAUCAGCUGACGGAAGCUGCGGAACUUUUGCGCAAGAUAAGACUCACAUUGCUGGAAAACAACGUCUUCCACUACACAGCGAUCAUCUCUUCAUGUGGCGAGUCUUUCAAAUGGGAAUGUGCUUUGAACUUCUUGAAGGAAAUGGCAGACUCUCAGGUCGCUGCGAAUGACGUGACCUACAGUGCUGCAAAGAAAGCGUGCGCGCGGAUGCAGCCAAAGCAACCCAGUUCCAGUGGUCGCUGGACAGAGGCGUGUGAGUUGUUGCGGCACAUGCGCACGCUGGGGAUCAAAAUGAAUGUGUUUAGCAGCUCAUCGGCCAUCGCAUCUGCAAUGCACCGAUGGUCGAUAGCCUUCGAUCUUUUCUCAGAAAUGCAAUGGUACAGAGUGGUGGGAAAUGAGUUGACCUACUCUGCUCUCAUCAGCGCAUGUGAGAAGGGCAGAGAGUGGAAACUAGCAGGAACUUUGAUGUCCUUGAGUUCUCAAAGGGACACAAUCACAAUCAGUGCACUCCUCAGCGCAUUUCAAAAAGCUGAUCGAUGGGAAGGUGCAUUCCACCAGCUCAGUUUGAUGCCGCUUCGUCGGGUUCUUCCGAAUGCAUUCAGCAUCAAUGCUGUUAUAGGCAGCAGCUGUGAUGGUUGUUGGGCGCAACCGCUGUUCAUGUUGAGAGCACCGAAGUUUACAGCAGUCACCGAUGAGAUCAGCUACAAUUCUGUCAUGAUGAGCAUUUGUGAGGAAGUACAGCAGUGGAAGGUAGCUCUGGAGCUUUUGAGUUCUAUGGGGCAGCACAGGGUUCAACCUGAUGAGGUGAGUUACAGCGUGAUGCUCACCAUCUUGGAACGCACCAAGCAAUGGCAAGUGUCACUGGUGUCACUGGCAUCACUGGGUACCUUGAAAGCUCUGGGCUGGGAUUCCAUCGCAUGGACGUCAGCCGUGACUGCAAUGAAGAAUUGGCAAGUGGCCUUACUGUUGCUCCACAGGGCGUUGCAGCAGGACGUCCCAGCCGAUGCGGCCUUCUACGGGGCAGCCCUGGAGAGCUGUGCUGCAGCAAAGCGCUGGCAGAUCGCUGUGCAAUUGCUGGAGGAGUUGGGUGGUCUUGCCCAGCAAGCUUUGCAAGACCGCGAUGUGGAGUUGCGGCAGUUGCAAGAGCAACACGGUCGUGCUGAAGAGCAGUGGAAGGCACAGAUUGUGAAACUGGUGGAAGAAAUGCGAAAGGCAGAGCAGAAAUCCCAGACUUUAAUCAAGGAGCUUGCAGCUUCGAAAGGGGAGCUGCAGCGCUUGAAGGCUGGAGGUCAGGAUGUGGUGCGACGCUACGAGGAGGAGAGCGGAAGAAGACUGGAACUUGAGGAACGCUGUCUUCAGUUGGAGGAAAAGUUGAAAAGCCGUGAGCAAAGAACUCGCGAUGCUUCCGACGGAGCGCAGAAAUUGAAACAAUGCCAACAGGCGAAGCAACUCGCUGAGGAAAAAGCGAAAGAACAUGAAGAGCGUAGCCGGGAGUCCGCUGAACGGUUGGACGAGGCGAAUGCGCGAUGUAAUCAGCUUGAAGCUGAGGUACAAAGGCUGCGCACCCAAUCCGCAGAAAAAUCCACGCGGAUUGAGCAGCUAGAGGCAGCCCCGGCUGAAAUGGAGUCCUGCCCCUCGCGGCCGCCCAUUCCCAGAAGUCGGCCUGGAACUGCCAGCAGCGUCGGUAGUGCUGGUGCAGGAGCACAGGCCGGCCGAGGUUCCAGUGAUUCCAGGACACAACCUCCUCCAUUUCAAAGUCACGGUGAACGGCUUCCCCCAGGUGCAAUUCGUCGGGGCGGAAGCGUGCCAGUGCGACGGUCUCAAGGUGUUCCUCAAAGGACAACUCUCCAGUCUCGGAGCAUCAGUCCCAAUGCAUCUGCUUCGCAAAGGACUGACCGCAGUGAGAUUGCUGACAGGCCGAAGAGUCGGAGCCACACACCGAGUGAGGACGGCUUCAACGAUGCAAUUCCCACAGACAGCGAUGACUCCUCCGAUGAAGAGGUCUUGACAGGUGUGAAUGCAAAGAAAUGA